AUGCUACGGGUAAAACUCUCUAUCUAUCCAUCUAUCUACCUAUCUAUCUAUCUAUCUAAUAUCUUUGUUUAUUUUCAACUAAUUUUCUUGCCUCGAUAUUUUUCUUCUUUCAAGCGCCGUCUCCUUCGGCCGCUCACAGGUGAUUAUCUUUUAAUAUCGAGUCUUACUCCUAGGUUGCAUGCUAUUUCUUUCUUAUAUACGUCACAUUCGGUGCCUGUCCUUGAAAAUGUCCAUGGAUUCGAUUAUAGAUGCUUUUUUCUUUCUUUCUUUCUUUCUUUCUUUCUUUCUUUCUUUCUUUCUUUCAUUUUGAUUUUUUCUUUCAUUUUUAUUUUGCUUUCCUUUUUUUCUUUUCUUGUUUCUUGCGUUCGGUUUCUUCAUUUUUCAUUGCUUUUUCUCUUUUUCUUCUAUUUUGAUUUAUUUAAUUUUUAUUCCGUUUUGUUCUAUUUUAUUUCCUUUCUUUCUUUUUCAUUUUUCUUUUUUUCUAAUCUUUCUUUCAUUUUCAUAUUUCUUUCUUUCUUUUUCAUUUUUCUUUCUUUCUUUUUCAUUUUAUUUGAUUUCUUUUUCAUUGCUUUCUUUCUUUUUCUCCCAUGUUGA